AUGUCGGCGCCUAUCUCGAAAGAAUUUUUGUCGGGGAGUGUAUCCCUCAUCCUCUGGUUGUAUGACCACUAUGAAGAGAGGCGUCAGCAAACUGAAGUCGUCUGCAAUGAUUGUAGAUCACUUUUUCUACCAUGGCCAAAGAAGAUACAAAAAUCAUUUGCUUUUGGUGAAAAAUCAGAAGGGAGUGGGGAAGUACAAACCCAGGGAGAAAUGCCCCCAAACCAAAAUAACAAUGAAGAGGAUGACAUUUCAGAGAAAGAGAAAUCUGACCUGGCACUUCUGGACAACCUCCUGGCAAAGGCACAAAAGGCUAGGGACGUGCAGGCAAAGUUGUCAGAAAACAAACCAGCUAGACCUCAUAAUAAAGUCGCAAAACCACCAAAGCCACAACCCUCAGGGAAAGAUCCAGGCCGACCUCUUAAGACUACAAACAAAGACAAUGUAAAGACUGUCUGUGAUUCGACCAGGACUGGUAAAAAUCCGGGAGGUCAGCGUCACAGUUAUGCACAAAAGGUGACAAAGUCUGCAGACUCUAAACCAAAAUAUGUUCCAGCUCACAGUAGUGCUCCAUUUAAGACUGACCAAAAUUUGCACAAGAAAAAGUUGGUAUCAAGACCCAGGUCAGCUGAUCGUUCGUCUGCAAGUAAAACUAGUGAGCGACAAGUCACUAAAUCAAAGCCAGAACAACGUAGUGCAGACUGUUUCAAAGAUUUGAAUGGAGAAGUGCCCAAUACUCGACUCCCUCCUCUUGAAAAUACUCACACAAACACUCACCAUGGCAAUGAAUGUGAGAACAUGUCUGUUUCGAACUCAAAAGAGCUGACAACCAAGGAUUCUCGCCAAGCAGGUGUGAUAGGAGAUGGUGUUGGCUUCCCAAGUUCUCAUCCAAAGAAUGUGCAGCAGACGAUAGCACCUGGUGCGAAAUCUGAAGAAAAGGCAGAGUUCCUGCUUCCAAAGGAUGGAGGCAAACUUUCUCUACCAGGAAAGUUCAAGAAGCUUCUUCACACCAAUCGGAAACUGAGAGAGAAGCUUGCAGCAGCCUGUCAUACCUCAACUGUUGAUAAAACAGAUUGUGAACAGAAGUUUUUGAACAGAUAUGAGCAUGCCUUGUCGUCUUCAAAAAACAAACAUGUUCAGUUACACCGGAGUGUCGUGGAGUUGGAAAAUGAUUACAAAUCGGUAUCCAAUCUGCUGGCAGAAGCAAAACUAGACUCUUUAUCGGAGGAAACAUGUGCAAAAGAUGUCUUGAAGGCAAAAAUAAUCCUUGCAGAUGUGCUCUCCAAGUUUUAUUCAAUGGAAGAAGAGUAUCAACUCAUUCAAAAAGGUUUGAAAGUUGCAAAGUCAAAAAAUCUGUUUUCAAAUGACUCUCCAGUUUCUAUAGAAAACUACCGAGAACUGGAUCUUGACCUUCAUGCCUUACAUGUACACCAAAAGAAACAAGCUCCAAGCCAAUGUGAACUCAUCCAGUACAAAUCGUUGAAGAAAUUGACCCAGUUUGUCUUGCUGAAAGGCCAUGUUGAUACUCUCCAAGUUGAACAGCUUGUUUCUGACAAGACAGCUGUUGAGCUCCUUGAUUACCUGAAAGAGUCCAAUCCUGAGUACAGUUGCUUCAACGAAGCGUAUCGGUCCAGCUAUGCCAUGCUGUGUUCAUCAGGCAGAUAUUUCCCAGCCAUGGUGAAGGAUACACUAUCCAACGAGGAUUCUGAUGACUAGGUCGCUAGCACUUAUCUUGGUGGUUCCAUAAGCCUUCUGUCGAUGGAACUACAUUCUGAACUUCCUGACCAAUAUGCAUGGUGUUACAAAGACAGCAAGGAGGAAUUCAAUACAAGAUUGUCGAGAUGCUGGAACCAUCUCUUCCCUUAAUUGACCCCAGCUGAGCCUCUUCAAAAACUUGGCAUCAGUUGGAUUUGUGUGAAUGGAUGAUACAUGUAAUAUGUUAUAUAAUUUGCUACGGAAUGCUGGCAUUCAU